AUGGGUCCCCCGGGCCUUCUUCGCGUCCACACGAUGGUUCCCCGGGACCUUCUUCACGUCCACAAUAUUGGCCCCCUGGGCCCUCUUCACGCCCACACGAUGGGUCCCCCGGGCCUUCUUCGCGUCCACACGAUGGUUCCCCGGGACCUUCUUCACGUCCACAAUAUUGGCCCCCUAGGCCCUCUUCACGCCCACACGAUGGGUCCCCCGGGCCUUCUUCUCGUCCACACGACGGGUCCCCCGGGCCCUCUUCACGUCCACACGACGGCCAUCGAGAGACCAAGUAAGUUUCAACCAAGCGUGUACAAGGGCACAACGGGACAGUAUUUCGCCGAGCCCGCCGCUGACCGAUUCGACUACUACUGGGUGACAGUAUGGUUCCGCAAAAACAUCGAUCACCGCGGCAUUUCCGAUUCAACGAUCAUGAUGUGGGUAAAGACUAGAAUUGAAAAGGGCGACUUCACUAUAGAAGAUCAGGCAAUGCAUGGUCUAGGGAGAAAGUGUAUCUCGAUCCCUAUCCAGCGCGAUCUGAGUACCACUAUUCCCAAGUCGUAUACGCCUGAUCAUACGCAUCCCGAUCUUCUUCUUGCUAGAAGUCUUGCAGAGUAUUGGUAUGAUCAGAUCAUGGCUAAGAAGGUUACGCUGGAUCAACAGAUGAUUUUUGUUGAUACUCGUCGUAAGACGGUGAGACUAGCUGAUAUGUUGGAUGUGGGGGAAGUGCUGAUGGAUCCCUGGAAUAUUUUGUAG